AUGAGAAAGAGAUCCAAUUCCUUGUCGGAUCCGAGUGUUUCAUCCAGUAGUAGCAGUAGUAGUAGGGAACAACGACGUUUGGUAUUUGGCGAUGAUGAUAGAAUUAAUAUACAAAAUAAUGAUUUCAAAAUUGUUGGAUCCAACAAAACGAAUCUUUCCGAGCAAGAAUUACAACAAUUAAAACAUGUACAAUCAUUCAAAUCCAAUGAAAUUGAGAUUGUGAGCAAAAUUGCUACGGGAGGCUUUGCGGAAGUGUAUCAAGUAAAGAUUGUAAAUUCAUCCAAAAUUUAUGCUGGAAAAAAGAUGUUGGCGAAUAGAGCACAAUUAGAACGAAAUAUUCUGAAAUUUAAAGAUGAAUUGUUGAUUAUGAAUCGACUGGGUCAAUGUGGAUGUAAAAAAAUUACACAAUUGGUUGGAUAUUGUUUUGAGAAUCCUGUUUUUUGGAUUGUGAUGGAAUUUAUGGAUUUGGGAGAUUUACAUUCAAUUAUUCAUUUUACAACGAAUACUGCCAAACAACAUGCCAACAAGAAUGACUCAGCAAGUGUUAACGAGAGAAUUCGUUCAAAUCAAGAGAUUGAAUUGAUCAAGUCCAUUCAAACGGAUUUUAAAACAAAAUGA